UAUUUUUUUUUGACAAAACAACAUUAGAAAUUGACUGAUUGAAAAAAAAAUCUACAUUCUGGAAAACUGUGGCGCUUGUGAACGUUGAGGGCAGCAUCAACGAAAAGUUAUCCAUCAAAUCAAAAUGGCUACUUCCUUACAAGUGCUACGCCAUUUUUCGGGUGGGCGUUUUGGUUUGAUGCGGUUGCAAGCAGCCAACACACAGUGCGGCAGGAAUUUACAUGAUCAGAAAAAAACAACAGAAACGCAUAAAACCAGUGUUGUCCUCUACAGACAGAAGAGUUCAUCUGCGGUUGCAGAGUCAAGUAAAGCUGCAGUUGCCAAACCAAGUAAAGCCAGCAAUGCUGCUGAUUUCGCCAUUGCCAAAAUGGAUGACCUUGUCAACUGGGCCAGAAGGAACUCGCUGUGGCCUAUGACAUUUGGUCUUGCGUGCUGUGCUGUGGAGAUGAUGCACAUGGCUGCACCACGUUACGACAUGGAUCGGUUCGGUGUUGUCUUCCGUGCUAGUCCGAGGCAGUCAGAUGUUAUGAUUGUUGCAGGAACUCUAACAAACAAAAUGGCGCCGGCUUUAAGGAAAGUUUAUGAUCAGAUGCCAGAGCCUAGAUGGGUAAUUUCAAUGGGCAGUUGUGCAAAUGGAGGUGGAUAUUAUCAUUAUUCGUAUUCAGUGGUCCGAGGCUGUGAUCGAAUCGUACCUGUUGAUAUUUAUGUGCCAGGUUGUCCUCCUACAGCAGAAGCACUGUUGUAUGGUUUUCUCCAAUUACAAAAGAAGAUAAAACGACAGACGAAUGUUGCGAUGUGGUAUAGGAAAUAAAUCAGUAGUUGUAAAAACCUAAAAAAACGAUCCACAAAAUUUAUCAAAUUAACUCUGUGUACUAAAUGCUUGGCAUCUCAUAUCUUACAAAUAUUAACCAGGGUGAUGUACAUUUUAAUAUUUCACUAUCGUCAUUCUAACUCCAAUGUCUUUUCGAAUUUUGGACAUGACCAUUAUUAUCAUUUAUUGGUAUUAAUGUAAUAUUACAAUAGUUCUGUGGUUUAUGUUGAUUCAAAUAACAAGACAUAUUUACCAGAAAAAUCCAUGUAGAACCUUAAGUUAAAAUAAUUGCAGUUUUCUAGAUUUACCUUGCUAACCAGUAGCAGGCUGUACAUAGAUAUUCAUAUGGACUUGAGUAUGGGAAUGAAAGAACUUGUGGUAUGUUCGAAUAUAGGAGUGUUUGAAAAUAAAAGUACCUGUACGUUGUAA